AUGACCACUGUGCAAACUAUCCUUGCUCUUGCUGCAUCCAAAUCUUGGCCAUUACAUCAAAUGGAUGUCAAAAAUGCAUUCCUCCAUGGUGACCUUAAGGAGGACGUUUACAUCACACUUCCUGGUGGUAUGUCGACUCUCUCCCCGAAUACUUAUGAUCCAUCACUCUUCCUUCAACGGACUCCUAAAGGGAUCUUCGUACUUCUUGUUUAUGUGGAUGACAUUGUGGUCACUGGUUCUGAUCAAGAUGCUAUUUCUAGAANCAAACAAAUGUUGAAUUCAACUUUUCACAUGAAAGAGUUAGGCCAUCUCAAUUAUUUCUUGGGUUUAGAGGUCCAUUAUCCUGAAGGUAUUUUUGUAAAUCAGCAUAAAUAUAUUCAAGAUUUGGUCCAGCUAGCGGGACUCACCAAUGCUACCCCUGUUGACACUCCAAUGGAAGUUAAUGUUAAAUAUAGGCGACAUGAAGGAGAGCUUCUUGACGAUCCCACUCAAUAUCGGAAACUAGUUGGUAGUCUCAUAUAUGUGACUAUCACUCGCCUUGAUAUUUCUUAUGUUGUACACACUGUUAGUAAGUUCAUGCAAUCUCCAAGGCACUUCCAUUUUUCAGCAGUACAGCGUAUCAUUAAAUAUCUCCUUGGCACUUCAAGUCGUGGUUUAUUCUUUCCUGGUAAUUCAUCUCUUCAACUCCAAGCUUAUAGUGAUGCUGAUUGGGCUGGUUGUCCAGACACUAGGAGAUCAACUACUGACUGGUGUAUGUUCCUAGGGAAUGCUCCUAUUUCAUGGAAAUGUAAGAAACAAGACUCAGUCUCCAAGUCGUCCAUUGAAGCAGAAUAUCGCGCAAUGUCUACUGCUUGUUCUGAAAUAACAUGGCUACGUGGUCUUCUUACAGAGCUUGGAGUUUCUCAAGCACAACCAACUCCACUAAAUGCUGAUAACACCAGUGCCAUACAGAUUGCAGCAAAUCCAGUCUACCAUGAACGGACGAAACACAUUGAGGUCGACUGUCAUUCUAUCCGAGAAGCAUAUGAUCGUCGGGUCAUCACUCUACCACAUGUCUCCACAGCUGUUCAAAUAGCUGACAUUUUCACUAAAUCAUUGCCAUGCCAGCGUCACAAUUUUCUACUUGGCAAAUUGAUGCUUGUAGAUUCACCAGCAUCAAUUUGA